AUGUCAUUUGAGAAAAUGGAAGUAGUUAAUCCAGCUGAAAAGGAGGCGAGCGAAGUUCUGCAUUCACUGUUAUCAGUGGAGCGCCGUAGUGUUGACAGUAAAGAAGCAAUCAUCGUAUCAAUACCAUCCGACCAGAACGGGGGAGGUGAAUAUGGUGAAAGUGCUCAGUGGCAUACACCAGUAAUGGGACAACAUUCAGUAUUUGAACUUGGUGGCUCGCAAAAUAUGCAACAACAUAGCUAUAAUGGGCACCAAGAACAGGUAUUAUGGCAAGGCCAUACAAUACAAGUAGAGAAUGGUGAUGGCAAUCUCCAAGGCAUGCAGACACAAUAUAGUAUAGAGUUUGAGGCUAAUGUUGAGAACCAAGAGAUGGAUGUGGAAACAAAACCUAAAAUGGAGAAAAAAGCUGGUAUCAAAAGAAAGAAGAAAGUAGCAGAGUCUGAUAGUGAUGAUGAAGUACUUGGAAAUUCUUUAGAGGACAAUCCUGAACAGGUGAAGGAAAGGCUGAGGAGAGGUUGUGAUUGCAAAGACAAUUGUUAUCGCGGGCUCAACCCUGAAGCUGUGUAUCGGCACCGUCUUAAUAUCGCGGAAUUGACGAAAAGUGAACAUGACAUGUAUUUGAUGGGAAUCACUAUGGCCAGUCUUGCAAACCCAGCAGAGACGUCACGGCAUAAAGUUAGGAGGAGAUUACGUGCCUGUUAUGUAUACCAAGGGAGAAAGGUAUGUCUGGAGGCUUUUCUGUACCUUGAAAAUGUUACUCACUAUCAGUUAAAACGCAUUCGACAACAUGUGAUGACGCACGGAGUAGCCCCUCGCAUACACGGCAAUGUGGGCAAGAAGCCUUACAACACCUUUACGUUGGAUAUUUAUAAACAUGCGACAAAUUUCUUAAAAGAAUAUUUAAAACAACAUGCAAGUUCACCUAAAGAUGUCCAACCAUCGGCCGAAAGUGGCAAGAAGGGGAGUAAGACAGUUAUCAUACAAGGUGACUCUAGAAAACAUUUGUUUGAAGCUUACAAGGAGUAUGGAGAGAUUCUUGAACCUGGAGUUAAACUAAUGGGCUACUCAACGUUCCGCGCAUUUAUGAAAGAUCAAUUCCCUCACGUUAAGUUCGCGACGAAAAAGCAGGAACUAUCGAAAGACAUGGUGCCAUUCCGCAGCGGAAAAUGUAUGACGUACGAUAAAAAUAAGGACCCUCUUAGAAUACAACAAGAGAAAGAAAAAGCAGAUGCUAAGAAAGCAGCUAUGGAAGCUAAGAAAAAGGAAGAACAUGAUAGAGAACACGCACAACAACAAGCUCAACAGCAACAGGUUCAACAACAACAACAACAGCAGCAGCAGCAAGUGCAACAAGUACAAGUUCAGCAUCAGCAAAUGCAAGGUCAGCCGCAUGUUGUGAUACACCAGCAGCAGUCUCAACAACAGCAGCAAAUGCAGCAACAAAUGCUAGUGCCGCAAGUGAGUCAACACCAGCAAGUUUUAACACAACAAGUUGGUGGUGUACAACAAGUGUCGCAACAACACUGUGUACAGCCACUCGGUGUAUCUGAAGAUAAUGGCCAGCCAGUUGAAAUGUCACAGCAAGUGCACACAAUUCCUCUCGCAGUAGUACAACAGCCACAACAAGCCUAUGCUAUAGUGACACCUGUAUCACAUUUCCAAACGCGAGUACAGGGCACUUGGUAUAGACAUUGA